AUGAUAUUUGGUAAAUUUUAUAUGCCUCAUCAAGCUGUAAUAAGAGAUGACCACUCAACAACAAAAGUUCGGGUAGUAUUUGAUGCUUCAGCAAAAACUACUAACGGAAAAAGCUUGAAUGAAAUACUACACACUGGACCUAAGCUACAGUUGGACAUAUUUCAGCUACUAAUCAAGUGGAGAUUGUGGAAGUACGUUAUGACAGCUGAUAUAGAAAAAAUGUAUCGGCAGGUGUUGGUAGCAGAAGAAGAUCAGCCGUACCAAACUAUCCUAUGGCGUGAAGAUCCAGAAAAACCAAUAGAAGAAUUUGUACUGAAAACAGUAACCUACGGAACUUCUUGUGCACCGUUCUUGGCAAAAAGAGCUCUACUAGAAGUUGCUUAUGAUUGUGCAGAUAAAAACUCAAAGUUAUAUCAGAUAAUAAAAAAUGAUUUCUAUAUGGACGAUUUGAUGACAGGUGCGGACUCCAUAAAGGAAUGUAUAAACAUUCAAUUUGAAAUCAGUCGGCAGCUAGAAAAGUUUGGAUUUCAUUUGCGAAAAUGGAUGGCAAACGAAAAGCGAAUUUUAGGUGAAAUUUCGGACUCUGGAGACAGUUAUAUUAUUAAAGUAGAAGACGGAGAAGCUGUUAAGACGCUCGGUAUACAAUGGGUGCCGAAAUCAGACAAUUUCACCUUUUACAUCGAGUCAGUAGAUAGUACUAACAUAACUAAACGCAAGGCACUGUCUAUAUUGGCUCGAAUCUAUGAUCCACUUGGAUGGUUGACACCAACAACAACAAUGGCGAAAUUAUUUAUACAAAAAUUAUGGCUUAUGAACUUGACGUGGGAUACGAAGUUAGACGUUAAAUUAUCUCACGAAUGGAAUGCGAUUGUUUCAAGGAUUUCGACUAUUAAGGAUAUAAGAAUUCCUAGAUGGAUAUCAACUUUAGCUGAAACAAGUUUAGAGCUUCAUGGAUUUGCGGACGCUUCAGAGAAGGCUUAUGCAGCAGUAGUUUAUGCUAAAACUUCUAAUGCUAUUACUAUUCUAGCAGCAAAGUCUAAAGUAAAUCCGAUAAAAAACAAAAAGACAUUACCCAAGCUUGAGUUAUGUGGAGCUCAUCUGUUAGGAAAACUUAUGAAAAGCAUUAAAGAAGUUAUAAACAGAGAAGUCAAAAUAUAUGCUUGGAGCGAUUCAACAAUAGCAUUAUCAUGGAUCAAGAACGAAAAUAAAACUAAAGAUAAAUUUAUUGGGACUCGUGUAAGAGAAAUCAAGCAAUGCAUGCCUUCGGCAACGUGGAAUCAUGUUAGGUCAGAAGAUAAUCCAGCGGAUGUGGCUUCAAGGGGCUUGAAACCAGAAAAACUUGCAGCACAUAGAUUAUGGUGGAAUGGUCCUACAUGGUUAAAAGAUGAAUCAAACUGGCCAACAGCAACUGAAUCUGUUCUUUGUGCAACAAAUAAUAUAAACUCUUCACAGAAUAUAAUCAACGAUAUAAUAGAACGGUAUUCCAAUUAUAGGAAAUUAUUAUACGUCAUUGCAUAUAUAAGCAGAUUCAUCAGAAAGCUAAAAAAGGAGAAGUUUCCUGUGUGGUUGACAGUAGAAGAAUUAAGGGAGGCAGAAAAUAUUAUAAUACGGCAUACUCAACAUUUAUAUUUCACAAAAGAAAUCAACUUGAUCAAAAACAGAAGAGAACUUCCAUCUGGUUAUAAAAUUUGUAGUCUUUACCCGUUUCUGGAUAAAAAUGAAAUACUGCGAGUCAGAGGCCGGUUAGAAAAUUCUCCAUUCUCUUUUGCUAGAAAACAUCCAAUACUAUUACCAAAAUGUCACUUAACGAUGCUAAUAGUUGAUGAUUAUCAUAAAACUACACUACAUGGCGGUAUAAAACUAAUGGAAAAUAUGCUGAGGCGGCAAUAUUGGAUAAUUAAUGCUAGAAAUAUUAUUAAAAGGUAUGUUCGAAGUUGUGUUAGAUGUAUACGAUAUAGGCGUGAAACCGCUACACAGUUAAUGGGGAACCUACCGGAAAGCAGAGUGUCAAUAUCGAAGCCAUUUGAGCAUGCAGGAAUAGAUUAUGCAGAACCGUACAAAUGA